AUCUCACUCAACACUCAACAGUAUUUAUCUUUGAGACGGCAAACAGCUACUGAACUAUUUUGAUCUCAAAUGGCGGAUCCGUUGCAGAUCUCUUUCGCCGGAAUAUUCGCCUGCAGCGCUUUCGCCGCCUGUUUCGCCGAGAUUUGUACUAUUCCUUUAGAUACUGCUAAAGUAAGGCUUCAGCUCCAAAAGAGAGUUCCUAUAGGGGACUCAACAGCCGCACCAAAAUACAAGGGCUUGUUGGGUACACUUACUACCAUUGCAAAAGAAGAAGGGUUCUUUGCACUUUGGAAUGGGGUGGUACCUGGUUUGCACCGGCAAUUCCUUUAUGGAGGCUUAAGAGUCGGACUGUAUCAGCCUGUGAAAGCAUUCAUUUCUGGAACUAAUUCAGCAGAUAUUCCCUUGUUCUAUAAAGUAUUAGCUGCUCUUCUUACUGGUGCCAUAGCAAUAAUCGUGGCAAAUCCUACUGACCUCGUCAAAGUUCGGCUUCAAGCUGAGGGUAAAUUGCCGGUUGGAGUGGCGAGGCGUUAUAGUGGUGCUUUGCAGGCAUAUUAUUCCAUAGUCAAGCAGGAAGGAGUGGGAGCUUUGUGGACAGGGCUUGGGCCAAACAUUGCAAGAAAUGCUGUUGUAAAUGCUGCUGAAUUGGCUAGUUAUGAUCAAGUCAAAGAGACAAUUUUGAAAAUUCCAGGAUUCACAGACAAUGUUCUAACGCAUAUCUUAGCUGGUUUAGGUGCAGGAUUCUUUGCUGUCUGUAUUGGCUCCCCAAUUGAUGUGGUUAAAUCUAGAAUGAUGGGAGAUUCAGUCUAUAAAGGCACUAUCGAUUGCUUCUUCAAAACAUUAAAAACGGAGGGAUUAUUUGCCUUCUACAAGGGGUUCCUACCAAAUUUCAGCCGGCUUGGGUUGUGGAAUGUGAUCAUGUUUCUGACUCUCGAACAAGUGAAAAGAUUAUUCUUCUAUUGAUAAGUUAGACUACAUAUUAUUACCACCUAUUCUUUCGUUUGUUCGGCAACGGGACAGUGAGAUUCUCCCAGCUGGUACCAAAAGCACUUCUAGAAGGUUCCUUUUUUCAGUAUCACAGCAAAUAUACAUGCCAAUAAAAUGAUGCUUUUAUCAUGUGGAAUCGGCAUUUUCAUCGAUGGAGAACUUUGCUGGACUUAUGAAGCCAGAGAGAGCACAUCUCCAGAGGUUAGAAUUGUUUGUGUUAAUAUAUUCUCCUAUUUAAGAUUGUAACAAUAGAAUAUUUGUAUUAUUAAGAUAUGUUACUCAUUAUAUUCAUAUUAAAUAUAUCCCAAGAUUCAUGAAUUACAUGGUA